GCGACAUCUGAGAGCUUCAAUGUUCAAACCUAGUACCUAAAUGGUGUACAUAUGUGUAGGAAGGAACAGUUAACAUAGACAUAAACAUAAUUAAAUACUCUAGGGUUUUCUCCAAACCUAAUUGAUCAGCAUUUUUCUCUCUCUUAUAAUUGCAAUCAUACUCUGGCGCAGUCCGUAGCCCAGCUCCCGAAACAAAGCCUCCACGAUUCUACCCAACCCACCUCAAAGCCCUCGCGAAAUCCCGACCUUCACGAUGACCUCCCUCGUCCCGCGCUCUCCCUACACCGACGAUGAACUCAAAACCCUGUACCCACCGACCCUCGAGCUCCAACUCGUCCAAGUCCUCCUCCGACACGGCGAGCGAUCCCCCGUAUCCGCACGGUUCCAGAACGCCGGCCUACCAGCCUUCUGGCCAUACUGCAGCGCAGUGCGACAAAUGAAAUCCGCCGUUCUCGACCGGCACCACAACCAAUUCACAACGAUGGAAUGGAAGCGGCGUCUCGAAACCUUCGGAUCGUCCGACGAGCCGGUACUAGCAGCCGGUCCUGCGGGCGAGCUCGACGGCGUUUGCGAGAUGGGCAUGCUGACGGACAAAGGGCGCGAGACGACCUUCGACCUCGGCACACGUCUGCGCGAGCUAUACGUCGAGCGUCUCCGCUUCCUACCGCCCGUGCUGCUAGACGCCGAGGCCAUGUACCUGCGCGCAACCCCGAUCCCGCGCGCCCUCGACUCCGUGCAAGAGACCUUCACGGGGCUAUACCCGGCACACACACGCGCCCCGGCCUUCCCCGCCCCCGCGAUCCUGACCCGCGCGCCCGGCGAUGAGACCCUCUUCCCCAAUGACAGCAAUUGUCGGAGGUUCGCGGCGCUGUCGCGGGCGUUUGCGCAGCGCGCGGCGGACCGCUGGAACGACACGGAGGAGAUGGCGUAUCUGACGCGGCUGUGGGGGAAGUGGAUGCCCGAGGACGCCCCGCGUGUCGCUGUGGAUUCCCGGCCGCGGCUUAGUGGUAUUAUGGAUACCAUUAACUCGACGCUGGCACACGGGCCUUCGACGCGACUGCCUAAGGAGUUCUACGAUCCUAAGGGCCGUGAGAUCAUCGAGAAGAUCGGCGUUGAGGAGUGGUUCGCUGGUUACAAGGAGAGCCGCGAGUACCGGGCGCUCGGCAUCGGUGGGCUGUUGGGCGAUGUUGUGGGUAGGAUGGUCGGAAGUGCCGAGCGUUCAACCGCGGACGGCGGGUAUGAGGUUGCGAAGAAGCUCGAGAGUAGUACCUUGAAGGAGGGUAAGGGUGCUACACCCGUCCGGUUCGGGCUGAGCGGAUGCCACGAUACAACGUUAGCCGCGGUUCUCGCCAGCCUAGGCGCAUACGAAGGCAACAAGUGGCCGCCGUACACAAGCCACAUCGCCAUCGAGAUGUUCCGAAAAGCAGGCGACCCCUCUCAACAAGGCAAUCCAGCAGGAACCAAGUCCAGUUGGUUCGGGUCCUGGGGCUCCUCCACGAAGCCGGGAAACCCUCCCUCAGGCACCAUUGGCCGUAAGCGGAGCGAGGAGCUGUCACCUGCGGAAAGAGCGAAAUUGCAGGACUAUUAUGUGCGGCUACGGUUUAACGACGAGGUUGUUACGGUGCCAGGAUGCCGGGCCCCGGGUAAGCAUCUGGAAGGAGAUGAGAGUUUCUGCACGCUGGACGCAUUCAAGGCUAUCGUCGACAAGUUCGUCCCGAACAACUGGAGACAGGAGUGCAGAGCCAACAUCAAGGGCCCUGUGUUCCCCUCUAAGCCCGAGCCGGCUGGCUAUUAACGAUAUAUGCUAAGUAUAGGCGAAAUAGUUGGGUGAGAACAAGCCAUCCAUAAAUUUGGUGGGAGACCGGUGAGAAGAGAUGGAGUACAUAUGCAUGUUUUGUGGCUGCUCGUUGCUUUUUCAUAGCGCCUGUGAGGAAUAAGACCUGCAUAGGUACCUGUACAUUCACGAUCGGGUGGCUGCUUAUAUGAGGUGAGGUUAAGUAUUAGACAGGCCAGCAUUAGUUCUCUAGCAUUUACAUCAAUACAACAUUAGAUAACUC